AUGGUUUGUGCUCGCGCCAGCUUCCGCCAUGCUCGGCUUGACCCCGGGGCCGCGAGCCAGCUCAUCGUCAAUUUUAGCGACGAGAAAGCCCAAGAGGAGGGUAUUAACGCUGGGAAGGUUGUUGCCGAGACUGCGACGCCAGCUGCAAGCAUGAUCGCCCACCUCGACAACAUCGCCAUGCACAAACGCGCUCCUGUUCAACAGGCCAUUGCGCAUCCCCAAGAGAAGGCCCUCAGCGAAGUUGUCCACGCCAAGUACAACACAGACUUUUACGUCAUUGACAAGUACCCCGGCACGGCGCGGCCAUUUUAUGCCAAGAUUGACGAUGCCGGUGCAAUGGUUAGAGAUAAUGUUAGUGUGUCCAAUGCCUUUGACUUCCCUGUUCGCGGGCAGGAGGUCCUCCCUGGCGGCCAAAGAAUUCACGACCCGGCCGAACUUGAGGUGCGUCCCCGAGCCAAGGACGUCGACCCGGAAAGUGCGGGCAUCAAGGAGUACUUGGCGACGUUCCGGCAAGUCGGUGUAUCACCACAUGGUGGAGGUGACAUUGGUCUUGAUCGCGUGGUUGCAGGGUUCUUGGCACUCACCAGCGUCCACCUCGCGGCGUAUCAUCCUCGUCCUCAGAGACUGCUGCCAAAAAAAGAUCCGAGAAGAGCCUCGAUCUUUGGCGGCCCGAAACACAUUAGUCUUUUGCCAAUUGUGCAAGGAGUUGGGGCAUUUGGGCGAUGA